AUGGAAGAGGACGGCAAUGGAGAGGAAGGGGAAAAGGAGGCUGUGGAUUAUCGGGAGGCCUUGCUAGGGAAGGGACGUGUGAGAAGGGUUGCUCCUCGCUUGCCGAAAUACCGAAAGGGUCAAGCAACAAUGAAGGUUGAUGAUAUCGCGAUGGUUGAUUUCUCAAAUCAGCUCUGUCCGAUCAUAUUGGUAACCAAAGCUGAACUGGAACAGUUUCGUGCAAACUGGAGGAGCUCCUUGAUUGUGAAGGUAUUGGGGAGGAGAGUAAGUUAUUGGGUCCUCAAGAACCGGCUGCAGAGGCUUUGGCAGCCAAAAGGAGAGUUAACUCUCACGGACUUACCCAAUGAUUUUUUCAUUGUUAAAACUCACGAAGAUAGGGAUUUUGCGCUUUACAGGGGGCCGUGGACGGUAUUAGGUCACUACUUGACGGUUCGGGAAUGGGUGCCAGAUUUUUUACCGCUAGAGGCGAAAAUUGAUCGUGUUGCGAUGUGGGUGCGAAUUCCCAAUCUCCCUAUGGAAUAUCAAAAUGAGAUUCUAUUGCGGCGAACGGGGUAUGCAUUAGGGAGACCAAUUCGAAUUGGUCAGAACACGGUAAACUUGGCGAGAGUCAAUUUUGUAAGGGCUUGUGUCGAAGUCAAUCUUGAAGAACCGUUAAGACCCUCGGUGGAGUUACUAGGUGCAGUUUAUCGGGUGGAAUACAAGGGUGUCAACUUGAUAUGUUUCAAGUGCGGGAGAGUGGGUCAUCAGCGUGAAGGAUGUGCAGAUGAACAGAGUGCGAGCUCGGAGGCUAAUGCUCGGGAAGAGAAUAAGGAGGCUGGGGUAACACAUGGGGGUGACUCACUAGUGUCGAAGCAUGCUGACCAAGAUGCAGUACAAGGUUAUCCGGUGAUGGAGAAGGGCAAAGAGACGGCCGGACCGCCAACAAGCAAGGAUGGCUCCAUCGAGUUUGGGUCGAGGAUGAUCGUACAAGGAAGGACGAGCAAAUCAAGGAAUGUCCAAAAAUACAAAGGGCCUGGGUUUGGAAAGGAGGUGCCAAAUAUGAAGUUGCACGGAUGGGAAGGAUCUCGAAGAGGAGGAUAA